AUGCCCGUGACCGGCUCUUUUGUCCGGCACGUCGAGCUACUCGUCGAUCCGGCUCUCGGUUUCGCGAUAGGUUGGAACGUCGUCUACGGUUGCUUCAUGUCCGUGCCCAGCGAGAUCUCCGCGGCUGUCGUCCUAAUCCAGUACUGGAAUGACACCCUCAACCCCGCUAUCUGGGUGACGAUCCUGAUCGUCAUCUCGGCAAUCGUCUCGCUGCUCUUCAUCCGAGUCUACGGAGAAGUAGAGUUCGUCUUCGCCAUCCUGAAGAUCUUCCUCAUCAUCGGCAUCAUCCUCAUGGGCUUGGUGAUCGACCUCGGCGGCGUCUCGGGUACUCCGCGUCUCGGGUUUCAUUACUGGAAAGACCCCGGCCCGUUUGUCGAAUAUAUCGCCUCGGGACCGUGGGGCCGAUUCCUCGGUUUCUGGGCAGUCACGACAAAUGCCGUAUACUCUUUCUCCGGGGUGGAAAGUCUAACCAUUGCAGCAGCGGAGAUGGCGAACCCGCGACAAAACAUCCCCCGCGCAUGUAAACGCGUCUUCGCGCGCGUUACUAUCUUCUACUUUCUCGCUGUGCUGAUCGUCGGGAUGAUAGUUCCAAGUAACGAUCCCCGACUGGGCAGUGAAUCCGGCACGGCAGCGCAGAGUCCAUUCGUGAUCGCUGCAUCCGAUGCAGGGAUUAAAGUAGUACCGUCGAUUAUUAAUGCCGUUGUGUUGACGUCUGCGUGGUCAGCAUCGAAUCAGAGUAUUCUGGCUGGGACACGCACGUUGUACGGUCUCGCUAUAAAAGGACACGCCCCGGCGGUGUUCUUGCGAACGACAAGACAUGGUGUACCGUAUGCUUGUGCUGUGGCGCAGAUUGCUGUGUCCGCGUUAGCGUACCUUACGUGCCAGAACGAGGCUUAUACGGUGUUUAAUUGGUUGUUAGAUUUGACGGCGGCGGGUGUGUUGAUUUCGUGGGGCACGAUUGCGAUGAAUCAUAUCAGGCUGAUGAGGGGGUUCAAGGCGCAGGGGUUGGAUACGGCGGAGAUGCCGUGGCAUCAUUGGUGGUCUGGUGAGUGGCUUACAUACCUUUUCCGGGAUUGA